CAUGCGCAAAGUGAGGACGACCGCUUUAAUAUUUUAUCUACAGUAGGCAAUGGCUGGACAGUCUACCAUCAACGGGAUUACCUUAUCUCCCGUAACUCGCCAUCCAUCUUCAUAGCCGCAAAAUUUUGGGAAAAAUAACAUUUUAAUACUCAAGUGUAAUUAUGGACUCCGUUUCUGCACCCCCGGUUUGCCGUGCACUUGCUGUUCCAUGACUGGCGGGGAUUUGACACGUAGCCCCACUCAGACGCGCUGUGACAGAAACAAGCCUCCUCAUCUGGGAAGACUCAACAACCCUCGCCUAGUAACGAGAUUUGAAGCCUCCCCCUUUAUCAAACUAACGGGAUCGUCGGAUACCAAUGACUUAAAAUGACACCUUAAGUUACCCUCGUAUUACGCGCUGGUGUGUGCUGUCUCUGGUAUUAUUUUUCCUUUUCAUAGUGGGAGCGAAAGAGCGGGGAAACAGGAAACUCGUCCAUCUCCAAGUUUUUCGGAUCUCAGGGGCGCAGUGGAGGGAGCGAGCGGCGAUGGCAGCCCGGAUGACAGCAGCGUUCGCUCUCCUGGUUCUCACCGUGGCAACUGCCUUGGGUGCGGAGAUAGAGGAGCGACUGGUGACCUACCUGCUGUCUCCAGAGCGCUACAACAAACUGAUUAGACCUGCUGUCAACAAGAGCCAACAGGUCACCAUCCAUAUACAGGUGUCCCUGGCCCAGCUCAUUAGUGUGAAUGAGAGAGAACAGAUCAUGACCACCAACUGCUGGCUGACUCAGGUAUGGAAUGACUACAGGUUGAUGUGGGACCCAGAGGAGUAUGAGGGCAUUAAGAAGGUCCGCCUCCCAUCUCAACACAUCUGGCUGCCUGACAUCGUCCUCUACAACAAUGCGGAUGGGAACUACGAGGUCUCAUUCUACUCCAACACGGUGGUCUCCAACAAUGGAGAGGUGAACUGGCUGCCCCCCGCCAUCUACAAGUCGGCCUGCAAGAUUGAGGUCCGCGACUUCCCCUUCGACCAGCAGAACUGCACACUCAAGUUCCGAUCCUGGACCUACGACCACACGGAGAUCGACCUGAUCCUGCUCAGUGAUUUCGCCAGCCGUGACGACUUCAAGCCCAGCGGUGAGUGGGACAUCGUGUCUCUGCCGGGACGGAAGAACGAAGACCCCUCUGACAUCACCUACCUGGACAUCACCUAUGACUUCAUCAUCAAGCGCAAGCCACUGUUCUACACCAUCAACCUCAUCAUUCCCUGUGUCCUCAUCACCUCUCUGGCCAUCCUGGUGUUCUACCUGCCCUCUGACUGUGGAGAGAAGAUGACUCUCUGUAUAUCAGUCCUCCUGGCCCUCACUGUGUUCCUGCUGCUGAUCUCCAAGAUCGUCCCACCUACGUCUCUAGCUGUCCCUCUCAUAGGGAAGUAUCUGAUGUUUGCCAUGGUGCUGGUCACCUUCUCCAUCGUCACCAGUGUCUGUGUGCUCAACGUGCACCAUCGCACGCCCUCCACACACACCAUGCCCCCCUGGGUCAAACGUCUCUUCCUGCACCGCCUCCCCUCCUUCCUGUUCAUGCGUCGGCCGGCCAGCUCCAACAUCCGAGAGAGGUUCCGCCAGAAACACCAGCGGCCCUCCUACUCCGACCUGAAGCUGAGAGACGGGGCAGUGGCCCCGGCCGCGGGGGGAAUGGGGGUGGCAGAGGGGUCUGGGAUAGGCAGGGCCGACUCCUUCUAUGUGAAUGAGGAGUCGGCCAAGCGGUACGGCUGGAAGAUCAGCGACCUGUCGGAGAACACAGAGUUCAGAAAGAGGAUGACAGUGAAGUGUCACGCAGACGUUGAGGAGGCUGUGGACGGGGUGCGCUAUGUCGCCGAGAAGAUGAAGAGUGAGGACAAUGAUGAGGGGGUCAUCGAGGACUGGAAGUAUGUUGCCAUGGUGAUUGACCGGCUCUUCCUGUGGAUAUUUGUGUUUGUGUGCAUUACUGGGACUUUGGGGCUGUUCAUGCAGCCCCUCUUCCAGAGCUACAACACACCCACGGCAGACGACCUGGAGCAGAACUGACCUAUGACCUUUGACACGAAACCUGACCCUGACGCCCAAACCUGACCCUGACGCCCCCCAACACCCCCAUGAGGAACAACCGCCGCGAGUAAAACAGCUACUUACCAACACCUUGAAACAGAAUUGUGUUAUUCUGACACACUUGCAUACUGUACGCACACAGCACACCGGCCGCCACCACACCAACCAAUGCCCCUCAACCUCCCCUCUUAACAUGGGACAGAGCAACCCCACCAACCCUAGAAAAUGGGUCUGUUGUUUUUCAUUUUAUUUCUGCAUUUAGUUUGAAAAGGGGAACCAAUCUUUUCUGCAGAGUUCCAGAAUAAUUUGCUGAGCCCAAAGAUCCCCACACACACACGACGAGCCUGACCCUGGCCAGAAGACGAGGACAGAGCCUCCAGUCUCUGCUACAGAGAAGGACAGCUCCUCCGUGUGUCCUCGUCCAGUGAAGCACAGACACACAGACAUAACUCUUGCCUUCAGACGAAGAGGGAGAGACGCAUUUCUUUAGACAGGAAUGCCAGCAGGCUUGUUAUUUUGCUGUGAAACGGGAAGCCUUGACUGUCUCCCCUCACGCUACAGUGUGUUGACUGAGUACUACCCGUGCAGUAUUCGGGACUGCUUCUGGCCCCAGGUGGUCAGUCACCUGAUGGUCUUUCAAUGCGUUAACAUUAGCUUUUUUAGCCUACCGGGUUAUGUGUGUAAUUUUACGUUCAAAAUGGUUGUUCUUAUGUGUUCAAAGAGGGUGGGACCAACGGGAAGCUAGCUGUUAAGUAAAUACAAAAUGACCAUCAAACUGUUGUCACUCACCUUUGCUUCUCUUAAAGGUACAGUACGCCGGUGUAAGAAGUGUUCAUUCUCACAAGGUUUUCCAGGUAACCAGCAGCUGUACACAAACUCCAUAAGCAAACCGGUCAAACUGAACAGCGUUUGGCUCUGCACUAGCAAUCUUCCAGGCGGUAUAAACACUGCUCAGUAUUUUUUUCAGAAAUCUUUAACCUAAGUCUGUGUUCAACUUCUUUAUUGUGACUGUCAUAUAUACACUCUGUCACUGCUAUAAAUGCUAGCCAAGGGAAGGCAUACUGUACACAUUUCAAGUGAAGAGUUUUGUUCUAAUCUCAUGUAUUUCUUUUUAUCAGUGUAAAGAAGGGGACAUGUGUUUUUCUUCCGCUGGCCAGUUAUGUGACCUGUUUUGGUUUGUCGUCCUGGACUGAUGUAUUCUGGGUAGCGCUCAGAAUUACAUGAAGUAACAAUGCUGAUGUCAUGUCAAAGAAGUCAAUAAAAGGAAACAACAACGGGA